UCUUGCCUUUGUUGAAUUCCUCUCAUCUUUUUUUUUUCUCAUUCAUUUUUCUUCUUUCAAUAAAAAAAAUUUAUUUGUUCUAAGGUACUAUAGUAUAGUACUUAUGUUUCUUUCAAAAUCAAUUCUUUUUAUGUUCAUAGUUUUUUUUCUUCUCUUUCAAGUUAAUGCUAUUAGAUCAUCUCUUCACAACAAAAUCAUACAAAAUGGUUAUGAAAAUGAGAUCAAAGUUGAUUCCUUUAUGCAAUUUCAAGAGGCCCCAGAAUACAGAAAUCAACAAAAAUGUAACAUAAUUCAAAGAAUCAAUACUAUGAAAUUGGUUUGUGAUAAAUCACUUGUUCAUAUUUCAAUGACCAUUGAUUUUGAUUAUUUGAGAGGAUCAAUGGCUGCAAUUCAUUCUAUUCUCAAACACACUUCAUGUCCUAAAAAUCUCUUCUUUCAUCUCAUUGCUUCAGAUUCAAGAAAAGAAAACAAAGAUGAUUUGUUUAAGAUUGUUCAUAGUUCAUUUCCUUCAUUGAGUUUCAAAGUUUAUGUCUUUAAACAAAGCUUAGUUGAGAAUCUUAUAUCACCUUCAAUAAGACAAGCACUUGAGAAUCCUUUGAAUUAUGCAAGAAGUUACCUUGCUGAAUUACUUGAUGAAUGUGUUGAAAGAGUUAUAUAUUUAGAUUCUGAUAUCAUAGUUGUUGAUGAUAUUCAAGAUUUAUGGAAAGUUUCAUUGAGUGAUUCAAGUGUUAUUGGUGCUCCUGAAUAUUGUCAUGCAAAUUUCACAAGAUAUUUUUCUUAUGAGUUUUGGUCAAGUUCUGAAUUUUUUGAUGAAUUUGAAGGAAGAAAAAGAAAAGCUUGUUAUUUCAACACUGGUGUUAUGGUGAUGGAUUUGGUGAAAUGGAGAAAAGGUGAAUAUACUAAGAAGAUUGAGAAAUGGAUGGAGAUUCAAAAGGUGAGGAAGAUUUAUAAGUUGGGAUCAUUACCUCCUUUUUUGAUGGUUUUUGGUGGAAAUGUUGAAGGCAUUGAACAUAGAUGGAAUCAACAUGGUCUUGGAGGGGAUAAUGUUGUUGAUGGUUGUAGGAGUUUGCAUCAUGGACCUGUUAGUUUGUUGCAUUGGAGUGGUAAAGGGAAACCAUGGAGGAGGAUUGAUGCAAACAUUCCUUGCUCUGUUGAUUUUUUGUGGAAACCUUAUGAUCUCUAUAUUGGUUGAUUUUUAAGUUCAUUCGAAUCUGGAUUCUGUAAAAAAUUUAUUGAUUGAUUUUGAUUCUUUUGUAGUGACUAGUGAACAAGUUUUUCUAAUUGAGUGUACAGAGAGAAUAAUCAAAAGAUUUGUAAUGUUCGUUCAUACAUUUUGAGUAGUGUAGUAACACAAAGGAUACAUGUGGCUGUACAAUUGUGGAUACAUCUUCACAAUCAUUUUCUUAUGUUUUGAUAGGCAAUCAAUUAUAUAUUUUUUCAUAUCUUAA